GCUGACAACUGUCAGCUUCUACCUCCUUCUCCUCACCACCACCCCCCCUCGGCCCAUCUAAAUGGAGUUUGUAAUCCUCCUUCCCACCCACUCUCUUCAUUCCCUGGGGUAAGAAUGUUGACUUCUGCUCUCUGUCACCUGUCAGAAUCCAUCUCCCUGACACUGGCUUAUAUGGACAAGUUAGUUCACUGUCACGUGACCCUGGACUGCUAAAAACAGCUCAGGCACCCACUGUGAACCAGGGCCUGAAACAAUGUCCUCCAUGGAGAGAAACGUAAAGGACACUUGAUGAUCCAAUCCUUGGAAUUAUUUCCAGGAAAUUCUUGCAGAAACCAUUCAGAGCACCUUUUCCCUGGCAGAACUCAGGGACGGCCAGGAGAUGAGCGCAUCUCUGAAUUACAAGUCUUUUUCUAAAGAGCAGCAGACCAUGGAUAACUUGGAGAAGCAACUCAUCUGCCCCAUCUGUUUAGAGAUGUUCACAAAGCCUGUGGUCAUUCUGCCCUGUCAGCAUAACCUGUGCAGGAAAUGUGCCAGUGAUAUUUUCCAGGCCUCCAACCCGUACUUGCCCACAAGAGGAGGCACCACUGUGGCAUCCGGGGGCCGCUUCCGCUGCCCAUCCUGUAGGCAUGAAGUAGUUCUGGACAGACAUGGAGUCUAUGGGCUUCAGAGGAACCUGCUGGUGGAAAAUAUCAUUGACAUCUACAAGCAAGAGUCUACCAGGCCAGAGAAGAAAUCGGACCAGCCCAUGUGUGAGGAGCACGAAGAUGAGCGCAUCAACAUCUACUGCCUCAACUGUGAAGUGCCCACCUGCUCCUUGUGCAAGGUGUUUGGUGCUCACAAGGAUUGUCAGGUGGCACCGCUCACGCAUGUGUUCCAGAGGCAGAAGUCUGAGCUCAGUGAUGGCAUCGCUCUCCUCGUAGGAAGCAACGAUAGAGUUCAGGGAGUGAUCAGCCAACUGGAGGACACCUGUAAAACCAUUGAGGAAUGCUGCAAAAAACAGAAGCAAGAGCUUUGUGAAAAGUUUGACUACUUGUAUGGCAUCCUGGAGGAGAGGAAGAAUGAAAUGGCACAGGUCAUUACCCGGACUCAGGAGGAGAAACUGGAGUAUGUUCGUACACUAAUCAAAAAGUAUUCUGAUCACUUGGAGAAUGUCUCAAAGUUGGUUGAAUCAGGCAUCCAGUUCAUGGAUGAGCCAGAAAUGGCAGUGUUUUUGCAGAAUGCCAAAACUCUGUUACAAAAAAUAUCUGAAGCAUCAAAGGCAUUUCAGAUGGAGGAAAUAGAUCGUGGCUAUGAGAACAUGAACCACUUCACAGUCAACCUCAAUAGAGAAGAAAAAGUAAUACGUGAAAUUGAUUUUUACAGAGAAGAUGAUGAUGGUGAAGAAGAGGAAGAGGAAGAAGAAGAAAGAGAUGAAGGAGAAGAAGGAGGGGAAGAAGUAACAGAAGUGGAACAGAUAGAAAGUGUCCAAAUAGAGUCAUCCAGAGAAGAUGAAAGUCCAGAAAAAGGCUUGGAGUCCCUUCAGUUGGCCUCAGAGCUCGAGGUGGCCCCAGAGAAACUUCCAGUUUCUUCUCCAGAAACCUCUCCAACCCUGCUGCCCACUGCAGAUGCUCCAGUGACGCAGGGGGAGGUUGUGCCCACUGGCUCUCAACAGACCACAGAGUCUGAAACUUCACUCCUGGCAGCAGCAGCAGCAGCAGCAGCAUCUGCGGAUCCCUUGUUGUACCCUAGUUGGUAUAAAGGCCAAACCCGGAAAGCCGUCACCAAUCCAUCUUACACCCAAGGGAGCGAAGGUCUGGGACAAAUGGGGGUCUCAAGUUGUGAGGAUUCAAAUGUGCAGAAGGCAGAAGUGGCAGAAGCUGCAGCCAAUGAGAGGGCAGCAGUGAGUGGUAAGGAAACUAGUUCACCUGCAGCUACUUCUCAGGAGUUAGCAAUCUGCUUAGUGCUUUUGGCUUUUCUCAUACUUCACUACAUCUGGAGUCAGAUUCAGAGCUUGAUUUGUACUUUAAUGGAUUGGAUCUGAGGCCCCUCCCCAGCAGAGCCGGGUUGCUGCUUCAGUGAGCACAAGUGGAGCUAGUGCUGAGCCAGCUCGCCACGUCUUCUCCUUUUCAUGGUUGAACUCCCUGAAUGAGUGAUGUGCAUUCCAGCUGCUGCCACACUGUCUGCCUGGCUGCAAUGCACACAGGCAGCAGGUGACUUAGAUGGAGUUAACGUGAUGCAGAUGAUGAAUGGGACCGCCUCAUGGGAUUUCUGCAAAGGAAACAAUAAAAACAAGCAAAAUCUUUUAAUCCCAGAUGACUUACCUAACACAUUGAGGGAAGAGAACACUUUGAGAAAAUAGCUACAGUAAAGCAUUGGGGAAAAGAAACUUGCUCUUACGCGAAUCUUUUACUGUGUGGGAAAGAUUAAGAAGGGUGUGUAGGUGUGAUAGAUGUGUAUGCGUCGAUAAUGAGUGGCAAGUGUUGAUGAAAGUAGGCACUACACUCUUGUCUUUAAUAGGCACUAGCUGUUUGUUAUGAUAUCAUCGUGGCUCUUAUUUCUUUUCCUCCUUAAUGAUGAGGGUGGUCAGUGAAACUCAGUGUCAGUUUAGUAGUGACUGAUCUAUCCAUUGUGGAUAAAAGGUAAUCAUUGACCAAAGCUAUGAAAUGUUCCACAAACUUGUCCUCAUUUCCAUAGUAGAUGUCCCUGGGCAUACGUCCAGAAAUUCCUUUACCUCUGGUGAUGCUUCAACAAGGCUGGAGCCCUAGGAUGCCUCCUGUGCCGUUUUUCUGAUUUUAGUUUUAGCUAUUUGUAUAGCUCUAUUCAUAUGUCAUACAGAUAUAUGAAAAAGAUCUUCCAGCUGGAGUUGUCUACUUUCUCAGUUGUCCACUGUGGCACCAAUCUGGUAGGUAAACUAUAGAAUAGUUGCAUAUAUUUAAAUAUAUAUGCACACAUGACACACAUUAAUAUAUGUAAAUUUAGACCAUGUUUUAUUUGUGAUGCUGUAAUGCCUCCCUCAGUAUACAAAUGUAACUUGACUCUGUACGAACUCUUAAAUAAAUGCAG